AUUUUGCUAGGGAGAUCUGUAUCUUACUUACACGAUGAAUUUUCUUUGGUCUUCUGAAAGGAGAAAUAUUGAAAACACUUUCAGUGAAAGCAAACCUUCGCUGAGCACAAAGUCAGAUAUUUUUCAUGUACUCAGUGCUGAAGAAAGCAACGGAAAAUCUUUACAAUCUUUCUUAAACCAACAACCGAACUCGAACUUAAAAAAUCCAUACUUUCCAUCGAUUUUAACCAAACCACAAUUGUUACGUAAAAAGAAUCUAGAAAUCGAGCGUUUAAAAGAGCUUGCUUGGAAGAACAGACUUGACUGCGCCAAUGCAAUUGCUCAAGAGAAAAAAGCAAGAAUGCAAGAGAUGAUACAAAGACAAAAUGUUGAAAGGAUGAGAGCGCAGAAUAAAACAAAUCUAAAAAUGGAACGCCUACGAAACAAGGAGAAAUAUUUGAACGAAAAUGAACAACUAAAAUGGGAACGAGAUGAAGCAAUAUUGUGGAAUAAAAGAAAAGAUAAUUUGAUUCAAAGGCUUAAAAUGAGAGUGAUAUACUUGAAGCAAGCAGAAAGGCAAGCUACGAAAGAAAUAGAUAAUUUAAAAAGAAAAUUGGAAUGUGAUAAUCAAACUGUUUAAUAACAUAUACAUGUUGGAUAGAAUUUUGGGCAAACAUUUUUCAUCAAGUCUGGGAAAUAUAUUUAUACAAAAGCUUCAUAGAAAUGCUGAAUAUGACACAAAAUUACUUAAGUACGAGA